AUGACAACACCACCUGGUGCUAACUUUCCCUCCUUGUUAAACCCUUUUCCAUUCUCAGGAUAUUAUGCGGACAUUUUAAUUUUGCUAUUUGUACUUGCUCAAAUAUUUGUAUAA